AUGGACUUCAUCACUAGCCUCCCACAAGUGAGUGAACAUGACGUUAUUCUGGUUGUGGUUGACAAAGUCUGCAAGUACAUCACAUUCAUACCAACACACUCUAAGUGUAAGGAAAAAGAAGUGGCGAGACUCUUCUUAACACACAUUGUCAAGCCAUGAGGCAUUCCUCGGGAUAUAGUUUCAGAUUGUGACCCCCACUUCACGAGGUGACUCUAGUUAGACUACUUCACCCUCCCCGGCAUUGAACUUAACUUUUCCACCACCUUCAUCCACAAACAAAUGGACAAAUAGACAAAGUGAACAGGAUGUUGGAAGACUACCUCAGACAUUACGUCACAUCACAAUAGGACAAGUGGGUUGAUCUCCUAGAUAUUACUUAAUUCGCUCAUAAUAUUCAGCGAUGUGUGUCCACUUGACACUUGCCAUUCGAGCUUGUCACUAGUAGACAACCAUUGAGCCCCCAAGAACUGAUGAAGUAGUGGGUCCAAGGUACUUGCCAACGACAUAUCGCUUUGCGAAGAGCCACAUCAACCUCAUUGAAGAGGCCCAAGAGGCAUUGGCCAAGGCCACCUAA